ACAUGGCGGGCUUUGAAUCUCCACUGUAAACAAAAUUCUAACCUCUAACGUCAAAUUUUCCCAAGCAUAAAUUCAUGUUGUUUGUUUGGUUUUGUUUAAAUUGAAGUGUAGUGAUUAUCCAGAAUGAACCACAAGCUACGAACAGUGUCCAACAGUGAAACAGCAGCUACAUGCGAGAAAUAUUUAAACAAAAUGAUUCGGCAAGAACAGAUGUUUGCCAUGAAAAGAUCACCACCUUACAGACCCCAGCAAGACAAAAUCUCACAUAUCGUAAAACAACCCUCAGUCAUUAAUCAGCGCGUCAAACCCAAAGUAACCAUUCGCAAUCAAAGCCCAUUACAAAAAGCCACCGCUCAAGCCGUAUUGAAUGUACAGAAUAGUGAGACGCGGAGCAAAGACUUUUCAAAAGUUCCCAAACACAGAGCCAGGUCGGUGUCGGCCGUUCGAUUGGGCAAUAAAGAACGAGAGGCUUGGGGGCAGAUUUUGCAAAGCAAUAAGAGCAAAGAAAAAGUGUCACUCUUCAGUAAUUUUGACCCAUUGAGGACGCUGCAUUUUCUGUCGAAAGAACUCUUUACGAAACUCGAAAAUGUGUUCCCCGAAGAGGAUGAGAUGCUACAAAUGGUUGCUGACAUACAACAUGCACUCAAAAGAAUACCUCCUGAAAUAUCCACAUUGUUACACAACCCUUUAUCAGAAGCCUCAGUUGCCACUAUUAAAAAUACGGCAGCAAAAACGUGUCAAACACCACCAACUUUGUAUCAGGAAGACACUGAAAAAUUCCAGAAAAUAAUGGAAGAAAACACUUACAGACUUGAAGCCAGUUGCAAACAACUCGAAAUCGUUUGCACAAACUUACAAAAUGAGAAAGAAUUGACUGAAAAGGAAUUGGACCAAGCAAGGGAAAAUGUUGAAAUGUUAUGUGGACGCGUCAAAGAAUUGGAAAUUGAAAUGGAAGAAAUCUCAACCAUGAAAAUCAAACAAUUAGAGGAGGAAAAACAAUGUUUACAAGAACAGCUCAAUAAAGCUAAACAAGAACUGAAAGACAAUCCUACCGUAAAUCAUUUGAAGAAAGUAGUGGAGGAUUUGAAGAAGCAGAAAGCAACGUCAGAAGAGACUUGCGCCAGAUUAGAAUAUGAUAUGGCUUUGCUUAAAAUGGAAAAGGAGAAGUUUGUGACUAUGCUGGCUGUGAGGGACAAGGAAAUCAAGGAAAUUCAAGAAGAAAUGACCAAGAUACAAGACCAGGUUAACACACAGUUGAAGAAAUUGAACGGUGAUGUUUUAAAACGUGCAAAUUCACUCAAGACAUUGAAAGAUUCAUCAAAUAGCCCCCAGGAUCUUUUUCUGGAAAUCGGUGAUACUACAAUCUCAUCUAUCACAAGCAAUGAUUCCGACAAAGAACCAAUAAAUAUAAUUAAAGAAUCUCCCUGUGGUGACGCAGAAAUGAACACAAAUGGAAUGGAGUCGCAAGACAAUUUCUUUCAAAAAUUAAAGGCUGACGAAGUGGAAAUCAAUCUGCCGACCGCUAAUGACAAAGAUCAAGAUAUGGGGUUUGAGGAUCUCCUUCAAGGCUUGACGCCUUCUGUUAAAGCUUUACUUGCAUCUCAUAAUUUGUAAACACCGUUGUAAAUCAAUGAGUAUUUUGUAUAUUUUAUUUUUUAUUAAAGCUUUUGUACAUUUCUGA